AUGCAGACGAUCAAGUGUGUCGUAGUCGGUGACGGAGCUGUGGGAAAGACAUGUUUGCUCAUUUCUUAUACAACCAACAAAUUCCCGUCUGAAUAUGUGCCUACUGUGUUCGACAACUAUGCGGUGACCGUUAUGAUUGGAGGAGAACCAUACACUCUGGGAUUGUUCGAUACCGCUGGGCAGGAGGAUUACGAUCGCUUACGACCAUUGUCUUAUCCGCAAACGGAUGUUUUUCUAGUUUGUUUCUCCGUGGUCGCUCCGGCAUCAUUUGAGAACGUUCGUGAAAAAUGGGUACCCGAAAUAGCUCAUCACUGUUCAAAAACGCCUUUUCUGUUAGUAGGAACGCAGGUGGACUUACGUGAUGAUCCUUCUAUGUUGGAGAAAUUAGCAAAAAAUAAGCAAAAACCGAUUUCUUCAGACACGGGAGAGAAAUUGGCGAAGGAGUUGAAGGCAGUUAAAUAUGUCGAGUGUUCCGCUCUCACUCAGAAAGGGCUGAAGAAUGUGUUUGACGAGGCAAUAAUGGCUGCAUUGGAACCACCACCAAUGGAGAAGAAGAAGAAGUGUACGUUGCUGUAG